CCCUCCCCCUUCUCCUCCCUUCCCCGCCCCUCCUUCGCCCACCCCGCACAUCGAGGCACACAAGCUCCGCGCCCCUCUCCCUCGGAACCAUGCUCUCCCGGACCGUUGCCUCCAGCCUGCGCGGCCUCGCUGUCGCGCAGACUGCGGCCCGCCCGGCCGUCGCCGCUGCUGUCCCUGCCGCCAUCGCGCGCACCUUCCGUACCUCGGCCGUGUCGUCCAUCGUUACCGGCUACAACAGCGGCAACGUGUCUCCCUUUAAGCCGGUGGCCCACACCGCUCCCGUUUCGCUUGUGGCCUCGACCAACCGCCUCCUGGCCAAGGUCAAGGGGGAAAUCGGCCUCCUCCGUCUGACCGGCUACUCGGCUGGCUUCACCAAGCCCGAGGAGAGCAUCGAGCAUACCCUUGCCGUUGAGGGUGACGUCCCGGUGACCGAGCAUGGCCCUCACCUGGAUAGCAUGGCUCGCGCGCAGGAGCUCUCGGCCAUCUGCGUCUUCUCGGGUCGCAGCUUCGAGAUCCGCCCCGAGGACAUUGUGGUCACCCAUCGCCUGCGUGAUGCCGAUGUUGGCUCCCAGGUUGUGCUGGACAACGUUACCAUGGUUGGUGGCCGCAUCGGGGACCGUCGUUUCUCCCUGGUGGGCUUCCCCCUGGUCAACAAGGAGUAUGUCACCGUCUAUGCCACUGUCAUUGAGCAGACUCUUGGCAAGAAGGUCAUCAACUUCAAGAAGAAGCGCCGCCAUGGCUACGAGCGCAAGCGCGGCCACCGUCAGAAGCUCACGGUCCUGCGCAUCAAUGACAUUAUCAUCCACAAUGCGCGCAACCCCUCUCCCCUGUUUGCCGAGGGUGCCAACUACAACCGCACUGUGGCCCAGGCCACCUAUGACACCAAGAAGCUGGCUGCCCAGUUCUCCCAGCUGAACGACAGCCGCUACGAGUCGUACCGCCUCCGCCGCCAGGCGGCCAUCGCCGCCAGCGAUACCAUGGCCAUGACCACCGGUCGCAUUCGUGACCUGCCCUCCUCGCGGAAGGAGUUCGAGGCCCAGCUCUCGCUCGUCGACGAGAGCGAGGAUGAGGGCGACGAGCAUGCCGGCCCCGCCGAUAUGUCCGUUGCCGUCGACCGUGCCACCUCGCGCCCGCUCAACAACAUCUACGAUCGUGUGCCCACUUCCCAGUAAAGGAUGUGCGCCAUGCCCACGCUCGUGCAUGUGUGUGUGUGUGUGUGCGUGUGCGUGUGCGGUAUGGGUAUUUCCUCCUUCUCCUCCUGCCCCCUCCCCUGCUUCCCCUUCCCGUUGCACUCUUGCCUCCCCCCUCCCUUCAGAUCCCCCGCCUCUCCUCUCCUCCUUCCCCGCAUGUGUGGAUGUACACAGACGCAAAGAAGAAACCAGGUACACGUCUGGUGCACCACAUCUCCCUUCCCCUCCGUACUACCUUCCUUCUGAGUUGGAUGAGAGAGGAGGGCUGGCCUUAUUAAAUAGACAAAAUACAUCCCGAACAAAGCUGCUCCGAGAA